UAUACUUGAGAGAAGAACUUAUAGUUCUAAAAAUUUCUUUAGCAUAUUCAAUUUUCAUGUCUUCCUCAAACACGGAUGGUGACAUCGCCGAGGUGAACCCUGGUCUGCUGGAGCUCUCCAAGGACCCCAAGGAAUGGCGUGAGCAACGUCGGCGUGCUAUGAAGGAAAGGAUUUUCGGCCACCCAAACAAUCCAGGAAGCAGUGCGGCCAACAGUGAUAUAUUAAAUAAGGAUUUCAUCCCACGGGGCGGGACGGCAUUCCCCACUUUCCAGACCGUGAGGGCAUCAGACGGGGAUGGCGAUUGCGCCGAACAGGAGGCGUUUAUUCUAAAACAGAUUUUAUGCCGCAAAAGACAGCGUGAACAGAGAGAGAAAGAUAUUCCUUUAGUGGAGCCAGCGACCGAUGAGUCCAGUAGGGUUUCCAGUCAACUUCCUGAGCUCUCUGUCAAGGAAAAGUUACUACAAAAGUACAAGACGCCAUCGUUUUGACGUCAUGCCCACAAACACAACGCCAUGAGUGAAUUGAAAAAAAUAGAAGCGACAUAAACACGAAUAUUUCUUUUUUUCCAAAUUAAUUUCAUGGAUAUUUGAUAUGGUGGUGAAAAAAACUUUUGUAAUUUUUUUUUGUGUAGAAUUUUACGUUUAUAUCUA